CAGACAGAACUUCCGGUUCCGGGCUUUCGUGUUGCCGGAAGUCGGGGAGAGUGACGUAGGAAGUGUGCGCCGCUCUUCAGACCUCCGAGUGGGAAGGGAUCUCUUAACAUGGGGAAACAAAAGAAAGCGAGGAAAUACGCAACCAUGAAGCGAAUGCUUAGUUUACGAGAUGAGAGAUUAAAAGAAAAAGAUCGAUUAAAACCAAAAAAGAAAGAGAAGAAAGAUCCCAGUGCUCUCAAAGAAAGAGAAGUCCCUCAGCACCCAUCCUGCUUAUUCUUCCAAUAUAACACACAGUUGGGACCCCCUUACUACAUCCUGGUUGAUACCAACUUUAUCAACUUCUCCAUCAAAGCCAAGCUGGAUUUAGUGCAAUCAAUGAUGGAUUGUCUGUAUGCCAAAUGCAUUCCUUGCAUAACUGACUGUGUAAUGGCUGAAAUUGAAAAACUGGGACAGAAAUACCGAGUAGCCCUGAGGAUUGCCAAGGACCCACGAUUUGAACGUUUGCCAUGCUCACACAAAGGAACAUAUGCAGAUGAUUGCUUAGUCCAGAGAGUCACUCAGCAUAAAUGUUAUAUUGUGGCUACAGUUGAUCGAGACCUUAAGCGAAGAAUCCGGAAGAUCCCAGGAGUUCCCAUCAUGUACAUUUCCAACCACAGGUAUAACAUCGAAAGAAUGCCAGAUGAUUAUGGAGCCCCUCGAUUGUAACUUCAAGAGACUGUGUUUCCUGUGAUGCCAGCCUACAAAAUAACCAGACAGUUAACAGAAAAGCACCACUGUAGACCAGUUACUUGGUCCUAUUGUGGAAAAUGGGGUUAUAUGAACUUGUUUUUUUAUUCUAUUCUGAAGUGACUUUUGUAUCUUAAUGAAAAACUCAUUGAAUUCAUUUAUAUACCUAAAUCAGUUUUGUUCAGAUAUUUCUAUAGACUGUUAUUCUAAUUGUCUCAUUCUUCUUCACUACUGGAUAAUAGCCUUUAAAAAAGUACUUCAAUGGACUUUUUCCUUUGCCUCUACCCCAUUAUAAAAGCUGCUACUAUGUACAACUUUAUUCUAUUGGGAAUAAACAUAUAAAUGAGCAAACCA